ACUCCCGGCAUAUAUGUAGCAGAGACGUCAUUUUUUUGAUGUCAAAUUAAGUUUUCAAUCUUUUUAGUUUGUCUUUUUAUAAUUCACGUUCAAAGCAAAGUGUUUCUCGGUGAACGGCGAGUAAAUUUUGUUGAUUUAUGAUUAAUUGAUUAUUAUACGAACUUGGGUGUUUAAGAAAAUGUGUGCGGUGGAGUAAAGAAGCAGAAAGUGCAAAUCAUCAUCAUUCCACAAAUAUUUGUGCUCGCAUCUGCUACAUCAACCGUACACGUACCUACUCAAAUUAUACCAUCAAAUCAAUUCAAUUAAAGUUCGAUUGAGUUCAUUAGAGUCGGAAAUUCAGAUAUUUCGCUGACGGAAAAAACAGAACAUCAAACGAAACACUGCAAAAACGUAUUCGGUGUACCUGUGUGUAUACCUUACUUGCAAUACCUAUAAGUAAGCAAUACACACGCGAAACAGUAAAGCAUUUCAUGUAAAAUACAACUCUGAACUUACGAUUACGAUUAUCUUGUUCCCUCAAUAGCAACACCGACAAUUAUGGCAAAAAUUCAGCUUUAUAUGAAUGUUGUAGCGGCUUUAUCGGUUAGUUUACUGGUAAUCGUAGCCGAUUCAAAGUCGUUAGUCGACUCAUUCAACAACGAAGUCCGCAAUCGCAAACCGAAAAUGUCGAACCGACCAUCAUUUGAGCAAUACAUUGCAUCGCGUGAAUCCAUUUUCAAUGCGGAAAAUUCGGAUAAUUUCGAAAGUGAUGUCAAACUGAGUCCGAAAGAGAAACGGGCCAAUGCGGUUAUAAUGGCAGCCAAAAAUGCCGAAUUGGAUGACGGUCUGACGAAUCCGCAAAACUUUGCACCGUCUCGCUAUUUCUUUGAGGUAUUGGAUGAGAUAAACAAAUCGAAAUUGUUCAAAAUUAUCAGAAAUAUGCCAAAAGGUGGCAUAUUGCAUGCACACGAUACGGCGUUGUGUAGCACCGACUAUCUAGUGAGUUUAACGUAUCGCGACAAUUUGUGGCAAUGUAACGAUAACAGCAACCGGAUCGUCGGUUUCAAAUUUGCCAGAAGCACACCGGAUCUGGUCGAUGGAUGCAAUUGGGUGAAGGUGGCUGAUGAACGGGCGCGUGUCGGUCGCGCUGAGUACGAUGCUCACAUACGGUCCAAUUUCACGUUGAAUACGAACAGUACGCGUAACUUUAGUGAUAUCAAUGACGUGUGGAAUGAGUUUAUGGGACUGUUCAUACGAUUUGAACCACUGGUCACGUAUGCACCGGUGUUCAAGGACUACUACAAACAGGCGCUGAAAGAGAUGCUACAGGAUGGUGUACAGUAUUUGGAGCUGAGAGUGCUAUUACCGCCGGUGUACGACUUGGAUGGAAAAAUCUAUUCCUAUGUGGAGCGAGUUCAAUUGUACGUCGACGGUCUGAACGAAUUCAAAGCGGAAAAUCCCGAUUUCAUCGGCUCCAAAUUCAUAUUUGCCCCACUGAAAGCCGUCCCGGAACAAACGAUUCUUGAGUACAUCGACAUAAUGACCGAUCUGCAGCGCAAAUUCCCCGAAUACAUAGCCGGCUUCGAUUUGGUUGGCCAAGAGGACACGGCUCCGAAAUUGUUUGAUUUGGCACAGAAUCUACUGAAAAUUCCGGACGACAUUCAAUUUUUCUACCAUGCUGGCGAGACGAACUGGUUCGGUAGCAUCGACGAAAAUUUGGUCGAUGCAAUUUUGCUUGGUACGAAGCGAAUCGGUCACGGAUACGCUCUAUCCAAACAUCCACAGCUGUUGAAAUUGGUCAAAGAACGGGACAUUGCUAUUGAAGUCAAUCCCUUGUCCAAUCAGGUUCUGAAAUUGGUCGACGAUUUACGGAAUCAUCCAGCCGCCGUCUACUUAUCUCAGAACGUGCCCAUGAUUAUAUCGUCAGAUGAUCCAUCAUUUUGGGGUGCAUCGCCGCUGUCCCAUGACUUCUACAUGGCCUUCCUGGGCAUUGCAUCGAAACGAAGCGAUUUACGUACGCUGAAAAAGCUGGCCACCAAUUCGAUCAAAUACAGUUCGUUGAACAAACAAGAAAAGGAAAUUGCAUUUGCCAAAUGGCAAACGAAAUGGGAUCGUUUCAUUGAGGAUGUGAUAGCUGAAUGCUGAAAAUGUGUAAUGGCUUUGCGGGAGGGGCGGGUGUGUUAUUUUUCUUUACUCUGUUUUGUUGUGGAAAUUGUUUGGUUGAAAGGGAAACGAAAUGAAAUCCGGCAAUGUUGCAAGGAAGUAAAUGGUUCUCUUAGACAAAAUAGACGCAAUAAAUAAAAGUCGGUGGAACUUAUGUAU